UGUGAAUUGCAUAUGAGAGUGAUUUUGUGAUUUCACGAUAGGGCACGAAAAAUUACCAUCUCUAUUGUGCAAUGAUAGCAGCAGUCAGCUGAUUGAUUGGCAACGUAAACACAAAUAUUUCUUUGAAUCGGAAAAAUAGAUAAGACACACAUUUGACAUCAUGCUGAAGGCUGUAAUCCUUAUUGGGGGACCACAGAAAGGGACACGAUUUCGUCCCCUCUCCCUGGACACGCCCAAACCGUUAUUUCCUCUUGCCGGUCGUCCUUUGAUUGCCCACCACAUUGAGGCAUGUGUUCAAUUGAAGGAAUUGAGGGAAAUCCUUAUAAUAGGAUAUUAUCCACAAACGCAAAUGGAGGGAUUUGUAAGCGAUAUGCAGAGCUUAUAUAGCAGCAGCAACAUCAACAUCAGAUACCUUCAGGAAUUCACUUCGUUGGGGACUGCUGGAGGCAUGUACCACUUUCGUGAUCAAAUACGGGCCGGCAAUCCGCGCGCCUUCUUCGUGCUCAAUGGCGAUGUGUGUGCCGAUUUUCCACUUCAGGAGCUCUAUGAUUUUCACACACAGCGCCCGCCCAGUGCUUUGGUGACCAUUAUGAGUACGGAGGCGACACGUCAACAGUCCUUGCACUACGGCUGUCUCGUUUUCGAUCGCGGAAGUGGCGCCGUCUCUCACUACGUGGAGAAACCGAGUUCAUAUGUCUCCACAUUCAUCAAUUGCGGCGUCUAUGUAUGCUCCAUGGAUAUAUUCACCAUACUAGCCCAGAUAUUCCAUGCUCGUGGGCAGGAGUAUAACUGUGUUGGUUUCUGCAAUGGCAAUGGCAGGGAUCAGGGUCACAUCAAGUGGGAACAAGAAGUACUUACACCUCUGGCUGGUACGGAUAAACUUUUCGCCAUGCCUGUACCCAAUUGGUGGUCACAAUUGAAGACAGCCGGCUCGGCGAUUUAUGCAAAUCGUCAUUAUUUGGGUUUGUACAAGAAGACGCAUCCGGAACGACUUGCUAACGUUGGUACUAAACGCGGCGAAGGCGAUGGAAGUCUAAUCUGCACAGUCUAUCCUGACGUCUAUGUGCAUCCCAGUGCCUCAGUCCAUCAUUCAGCUGUGCUUGGUCCCAACGUCGCCAUUGGUCCUGGCGUUACCAUUGGCCCUGGUGUUCGCAUUCGCGAAUCAAUUGUUCUCGAACAAGCUCAGAUAAAGGAUCACACUUUAAUACUUCAUUCAAUAGUUGGUCGUGGCUCCACUAUCGGCGCUUGGGCAAGAGUUGAGGGCACGCCCAGUGAUCCAGAUGCAAAUAAACCAUUUGCCAAAAUGGAAAAUCCGCCACUUUUCAACAAUGAAGGCAAACUAAAUCCGUCUAUAACCAUAUUGGGUUGUUUUGUCCAAGUGCCAGCUGAGAAGAUCCUUUUAAAUAGUAUUGUCCUGCCGCACAAAGAACUUAGCCGCAGCUUCAAAAAUGAAAUCAUCUUGUAAUGAUCAAUACCAAAAAUUAAAGGUGGACCAAGUGACAGUCAAGGACAUGCCUAUAUAUCGAUUUAUUUGUUUCAUCUUUUAUCAGUAUGCCAUUUUAUAUAUAUAUUUAAAUACUAUAUCUUGUA